UUUUUAGUCAGGGACAAAAAUUUAAAAUUAGAAAAUAAAGAAACUUAAUUCUUGUGUCAAUAUAUAGACUAAAGCAUUACCUUAUCUCAUAAGCAAAAAUGCCUGUUUAAGUAAUAGACAACCCUAAAGUAAUAAAGGAAACACGGACAAGAAGCCGCUGGAUUAACAUAUGAAAAGUCAACAACGUGAAUCGGACGGCGUAGGAUACUCGAGAACAAUAGAUGAAAAUAGAAACGGAUGCAGGUGGUGUAAAUAUAUAUAUAUAUAUUGGCAACCCAUCUUCCAGACAUCUUCACAGCACCAACCCCGCAGUUUCAUGGAUCUCUAAAACGAAACAAAUAACCCUCUAAACGCGCUCUACGCCAACCUCAGAAGCACAUAAAAGAACCAUCCAAAAACAACAAAAAACAAAAAAACAAAAAUCAAGAAGCAGAGAGCCUGUAACCAGAGAAAGAAAGAAAAGAAAAGCAAAGCAAAGCAGAGAGCAGAAGCAAUCAAGAAAACAAAGAAACAGUAAAGAAAGAUAGAAGGAACAGGGUUAAAAGAGGGAAAAAAAUAAUAAUUUUGGGUUCUCUUUCUUUCUCUUGAUGAUCAUGGCUGAGUUACAAGCCGUGUAUAGAAUCGACAAUGUGUUAACAGACUCAGAAAUGGUCGCGGCUCAACAGCUGAUGCAGUUAAGCGACGAGGAUAAUAGCAGUAGCAUUAACAAGAACAGCAGCAACAGGAACAGGAAGAAUAUAUAUGAGGAUGAAGAGUUGGAUCGAAGAAGCCAAGAUGAGAUUACUUCGAAGAAGAUUGAAGAGAUUUUUGGUAAAGAUGAGGAGCUCGAACAAGAACGGCCUAAGAAGAAAAGAUUUAGGUCUAUUAAGAGUAUUUAUAAGGCCACUAAACCGAUAAACUUAGAUAUGAAAAGAAUUACUAUAAAGUAAGGAAUUGAAGAAAACCCUAAUGGAGGUUUUAGGACAAGGAGAGGAUGACCAGGCUAGAGCUAGCAAGUAAGUUCUGUAAAUAUACCGCCUUAAUAAUUUUGUUUUGAUUUCUUUUUUGUUAGGAAGGAUGGAGACUUGGAUAUAUCUUUUUCUUUUCUUUCCUUUUUUCUUGUUAAUGGAUGAUAAAAGCUAAUAAGUGGCUUCUUCAUAACCAUUUCUUGCAUUGGUGUUGAUGAUUUAAUAUUUGUUUUCACUGGCUUUUUGAUUUCCUGAUAUUGAGGUUUAGGAGUCCUGAUAACCAUUUAAGAGUUUAAGAUCAAAUACUAGGGGGAAAACUAUACUAUUUUUUUGUUUGAAUUAUCAACAAGAAUUCCAAUCUUUCUACACAGGUCUUUGCAGAAAGACUGGAAAAUUUCUUUUUCUUCUUCUUCUGCAUGUUUGUGUUUUUCUGUUGAAAUUCUUUUCUAUUAUCAACUUGUAUGCAUCACAGGUUGCAUUUUUUCUUGGUAUGUUAAGUUGUUACAGAAUGCUUGACAUAUCCAUCUAAUUAAUGCCAUUGCUGAGGCGACCUAAUAAGAAUCCUACUAGUAUUGUAGAAUACUGUUUCAAAGAUUAGAUUGCAUUGGGUCAGAGAGAUGGCAUAGCAUAUAAAUAUAAUCUUUCUUUCCAGUCAGCUGUGUACUGGGUCUUGUGAGUAAUGGUCUGAUACUCUUAAGGGAUUCUUUUCAAUUUUAAUGGUGUUAGCUAUGAUUUAAUGCUGUUAAUUAAUCAGAUCUCUAAAGAUUAUAUUCUUUAUGAUAGCAUUUGUUGAAUAGAGCAUUUGGUAUGGGAGAGGAUCAAACGCAUGCACUAAUAUAAGAGCAAUAAAUUAAUAAAUAAUUAGUCAUCAUUUCAUAUACAUAUCUUCUGAAGUCAUGUUAAUCAUGACUCUUGUUUUAACUGAUAAUUUAGUGCUAUAAGGUGAGACCAAUUUAGAAGUGCGAUCUCAAGAAUAAAUAGAUCAUUUAAAAUCAAAUAUUGCAUGUAUUCAUUUUUAGAAUUGAUGUAGUGAAGUUCUUGCAUAGUUCAAGAAUGUAUAUAAAGUCUCUUUUUUUUUUUUUGUCUUUUUUUUUUUCUUAAU